AUGCUCAAGGGUAUAAAAAUAGUUCGAACACUAGCUACUUCUGCUGGUGGCAAUUCGGCAAAGCAGCACCAAUAUAGUGUCUUUGAUAGCUCUGCAAAGAUUGCUCAGAAAUCAAGGAUUGCGAAACUUAAUCCUACCUUAUCUAGGAAAACUGAGUAUUUGAGGGAUGAUGUAGCACUCAAGACUGUUGAAAGAUUGGCGUUUAUUACAAGAGAUUUUCCUAAAGUGCUAGACUUUGGCUCCCAUCUGGGAAAUUUACUUAAAGUGCUCUGCCAAGAGACUAAAACACCUGAGGGUGCUGACGAAGUGGAGAUGGCAAUUAUAAAGCAAUUGAAUGAAGAUAAGAAAUUAGUAAGAUCUAAAAUUAAAGAGCUAGUAAUGCUUGAGCCUUCUUCUGAAAUGCUCUAUAGAGAUGUCAAUGAACCCUUCAACUCUCAAUUUGAAGGGAAAAUAUCACGUUAUGUUGCAGAUGCAGAGACGUUCGAUAGUGAAUGUAUGAGAGACCCUGAACAAUAUGAUGCUGUGAUCUCUAAUUUGUCUCUUCAUUGGAUAAAUGAUUUACCAUCUGUGCUUGCUAAUAUUAAUCGUGUUCUUAAACCAGAUGGUUUAUUCAUGGGGACCAUCCUUGGGGGUGACACUUUGUAUGAAUUGAGAACAUCAUUACAGCUUGCGGAAUUAGAAAGAAGAGGUGGAAUCACUCCUAGGGUAUCACCUUUGGUCAAGUUAAAUGACGUAGGAACUUUGCUCAACAGGGCUGGCUUUAAUAUGUUGACUAUCGAUCCCCAAGAUAUAGUGGUAGGUGGAUUCCCAAAUAUAAUCGCUGUAUGCGAGGAUUUAGAAGCAAUGGGAGAGCAAAAUGCUUUAUUGUCUCGAUCAGGAUUCAUUCCUAGAGAUGUUUUGCUUGCCGCGAAUGAAAUUUAUAAGGCCCUACACGGAGAAGUUAAUUCUGAUGGAACAUUGACUUUACCAGUGACAUUUAAUGUUAUGUUUAUGAUUGGAUGGAAGAAAGGAGAGAAUCAGCCCAAACCUCUUGCAAGAGGUUCCGGAGAAGUAAAUCUCAAAGACGUUUUAUAA